UUGCGUAUCUAGACAUAUUAAUAUCAUUGAUAAAUUUAGUUUUAAAGUCUCUAACUUUGGUAAGCGAUAACAUUUUUUGUAUAAGAACAUAUCAAAAUAAAAAGUACGUGUUGGUUUAAGUGACCUAAAGUUUAUUUUCACAAAAUCUUCGCAGUGGUUUUAAAUUAUUCCUGUAUAGCUAGUACAGAUAGUUAGAUCAAUACGGUCAUAUGGAUUGCAUAAUCAGUUAUUGAUGCAUUUUUCUUUUUAUACAAAUUCUCGUGUACCUGUAAUAAUUUUGCAAUUUGUAAACAUCAUAUUCAUAACUGGUUAUGAUAAAGUUAUCUAUACAAAUGUUGCUUUUCAGAGUGUACUUGUAGAAACUCAAGAUAAGGCCUUGCGUAGGAUUUCUGAGUUAAGAGAACAAUGCACACUUGAGCAAAGUGCUAAGGUAUGGUAUGGUCUAUAUUAAUAUAAUUGCUAUUAUUAAUAAUAAUAAUAAUGUAAAAUAUACCUUUUCAAAAAUUAUUUAUUCCUAGGCGCACUUAGAGAAAGCAUUACGCGUCGAAAUCGAAGAAAAAAGUUUGAAAAUCGAGGCACUCUCAAUGAAAAUACAACUAUUACAAAAUAUGAGUCAGAAUGCUAAAGAAGAUAACAGUACAUCCGUAAAUAGAGAAUCUACUGAAAGAGAAAAUGACAGCCAACUUAUUGAUCUAUCAGCAGAAAACACUGAAAACCCUGUUCAGGGAUUAGAAUCGUCUUCAAAUGGAAUACUUUUGAAUAGUAAAAUCGAAAAAAUGGAACAACUUGUAAAUAAAUAUAAAGAAUCACUUAAGUCCAUUAAGGAAAAAAAUUCUAAUAUGGCUACAGAACUUCAAAUCUUAUCUAAUGAAAUUGACAACAAAAAGAAAGAAAAUGAAGCACUAAAAGCAGAUACAGCAAAAUUAUUUGAAGCUCAACAAAAAAUAAACGAACUUAAUAUGAUAAACGAAGACUUACAAAAUAAAAUCAAUUCAUAUGACUUUAACAGAACAAAGGAAAUUUCAACCCUCGAAUUACAAGUACAAAAUUAUCAAGAAGAAAUAAAACAACUGCAAAAUAAAAUAGAUAUUUUCAGUAAAAGAGAAGAAGAAUAUGCCAUCUCCUUAGCAGAAAAUAAACUGAGCAUUCACAAAGAAUUAGAAGAUAAAGAAUCAGAAAUCAAGACUCUAAAAGAAAGCUUGUCUGAUACUAAAAAAGAACUGCAGUCCCUAAAUAUAAUCACCAAUGACUAUAAAACAAGUAUAGCUGCUUUGGAAAAGGAACGAAUUAAAUUGAACGAAGAAAUUACGGAAUUAAAUCUAAAUAAGUCUAAAUUAUCUGAGAUGGAAAGUCAAAUUCAGUUGUUAGCUCAAAAAUGUCAAUCAUAUGAACAAUCAAAAUCGAAAGGGGAUGAGGAAUUAAAAUGUGUUCAAUUGCAAAUGAAUCAAGAAACUGCAGAAAAAUUGGCUAUGAUAGACAGAAAUGCUUAUUUAGAAAAUCGCGUCACUCAAUUAACAGAAGAAAAUUCGAAAAAAAAUAACCAGGUGCAUCACUUAGAAAAUGAAUUACAAAAAUUGUUUGAAAAAGACAAAAACUUUGAAAUCCAAUCCAAUGAAGUUCAAUUAUGGAAAUCGAAGUAUAAUAACUUAGAGAGCGAGAUACAAGAAGAACGAGAGGAACUGGUGAAAUUACAAAGAGAAAUUGAAAAACUUCUUUCAAAUCAUGAAUCAGUACAAAACAAAAACUUGGCGUUACAGAAUACUUUAUCUGAUAUAAACUCUGAAAACAAAUAUUUACGCCAAAAAUAUGAAUUAAUUAAAAAGAAAUUUCGACUACUAAUUAAUGAAGUAAAAACAAUACAAAAAGAUAUUAAAUCAAUAUCUGUUAUUGUUAAACCUUUUAAGGAAGAAUUUAAUAGUGUAAUUAUACCUGAAAUUAAAUCUAAAAUUGUGGAACUGUGUUCCUUUUUGGAAGGGUCUGACGAUACUAAAGCCUCAUAUGAUAUUUUGGAUAUAGAGAAUAACGCUCUAAAAAAAGAAUUAGAAACUAUAAAAAAUUUACAUGAAAAUAACGCUCAACAUAUGACUACUUUAACCGAAGAAAACAGAAAACUAACUAUGUUAAUUGGCGAUUAUGAAUCCAAAAUAACUUUAUUGGAAGAAGAAGUGCAAUCCCUUUCUUCCAACUUUUUACAUUCUACAGAUGAAUUGGGCAUAUUAAGAAACGAAAAAGAAAAGCUUAUUCAUAAACUACAAGAAGUUGAGAUAUUAUGUAAUCGUCUUCAAAACGGCAUAGAUCAUGACAAAAGCCAAUAUUUAAUAGCUCUAGAUAAAAUGAAACUAUUGGAAGACGAGAAACAAACACUUCAUAAGAGAUUAAACAAUCUCGAAAAAGAAAACGAGUUAUUAAAUAUUGAAGCUGAGAAAUUAAAAGUAAUACACAAAGAUGAAGCUGCAUGCAUUGAUGUUCUAAAUAAAGAAAAACAAUCAAUAAAUGAAAAAGUUGUAGAAUAUGAAAUUAUAAUCAAUAAGUUAGAACAACAGAUACAAGAACUUUCGCAUGAAAAUACAGCUCUAAAAGACCAAUCUACAAGCAUAGCUAACAGAGUUAAAUCUUUAGAACUUGAAAUCGAAGAGAUUCGUAAAUCUCAUUUCGAUAUAGAAGUUGAAAAAGAUCGUCUUAACUCUUUAAUAGAAGACAUGCAAAAUAAAAAAGAACCAAUAAGCUUAUCCUCUGAAAAUAAAGACACACAAACAGAAGAAUCCGGUUUAAAAUCGAAGAAUGAUGAAAACUUGUUUGACGAAGCUUCCACUACAUUAGAACAAAGUAAUGCUGAAGAACUCAAAAGUAAUGAUAGUUUAUCUUUAAUUAGUACUGUUGAAAUACUUACAGCGAAAAAUAAAGAAUACAUGGAGGAAAUUAAUGUACUAAAGGAUAGUAAUAUUAAUUUAUCAAACAAAUUAAUGGAGAUUAAUAGUAAUGUUAAAUUGGAUAACAAUAAUAAAGCGGAAGAAAAUAUUACAGAACAAUAUCGAACAUUGUGUAACAGUUACGAUCUACUCAAAGAAGACAAUAGGCGACUUCGAUCUGAUAUUGAAGGCUUACAAACAUAUUUAACGAAAAUAUCAAAGGAAAAUUGUGUUUUAAAUGACAAAUUAAGAGAGACAAUAGCUGCAAGUGAUAGUUCUUUCGGAAGAAGUGAAUCAAACAGUACAAACAAUGAAUUCGAAACAGUAAAGAGUGACGUUGUUAUGAAAGAAAAAAUUGAGGAUUUAAUUAGAGAAAACAAUUUAUUACUUGAAGAAAAUCUCGAAUUGAAAGAUCAAUUACAGUCUCAAAACUAUGUUGAGCCUAAAAUAUUGCCUGAUAAAAAAGAAAAUGAUUCUAUAACUAUGGACAAAUAUAAUAACUUAUUAGUAAGUCAAAGUAAACUAGAAGAGAAGUUAUUAAAUGUAGAACAAAUUAAUAAGUUGAUGAAUGGUAAUAUGCAACAAAUGCAGAACAGCAACGAAAAACUUAAACUAACAAAUGAAAAACUGGAACGAAGGCUUGACGAAGCUUUAGUGAGUUUAAGACAUUUACAUUCAUUGCAAGAAAAUACAGAAUUGGAGUACUUGCGGAAUAUUCUUUAUGAAUACCUCACAGGCUCUGGAACGCAUUCCAUAACAUUAGCUAAAGUCUUAGCAGCAAUAGUGAAAUUUGAUGACAAACAAACCCAAAGUGUUUUACAAAAAGAAAAGGAAAGACAAGGUCUUUUGCGACAACUGGGGUUAUUGUGAUAUCAAAUAUUUUCGGAAGAACAGUAGAUUCUUUUAAAAAGAAUUGCUCAUGAGAUUUUUCCAGUAAUUUACAACAUGCUUUACAUCUAUUUGCCAUAACCUGCAAUAAUGAGUGACAUUCAAAUAGCUGUGAGGUAAUUGUAUGAUAUCUGAUAUUGAAUAUUAUUUUGCGUGUGUGCAUCUAGAGAGAGUAAACGUUGUAUUUAUAAAUAAGUCAAAGCGUACAUACAAUAAAAUUUAUUUUAUUCUGAACUCAAAUCAAAACUUGAAUUCAGUUACUUCAUUCACUUUUCAACUUUUUGGAUGAGUUUGGGAUAAAUUUGGUUAUUUUAUUUAAUAAUAGUUAUAUAAAAAGAUUAAUACAGAUUCCAUAAAUAGAAGGUCAAAGUUGAUAUAUUCCCUUUAUCGAUAGAUGGCGGAUAAGUUUUGGUUUGAAAGUUGUUGAAAAUCCAUAAAUCUGGAACCUGUAUCACAUUUUAAGAUUAAUAAUAUGGACAUUUUCUAUGAUU